AUGGAUGAGGGAGUUGAAAACGCUGCCCCAAGAAGGUCUAUCAGACGAAAGACAAUCAAAAGACCCAGUCCGAUAAAAGGUUUAGAUGGGGAAGAUGAAGAAAUGAAGAAACCCAGGAGAAGAAAAGUUUCCUCUUUACACUUGGAAGAAUUAAAUGAGCCCUUGGUGUGUUAACAAAUAAUGGAGUAAUACAUCCUUAGGAAAGCACAAGCGGAUCUGAUUACGAAGAAAAGAAAACGACCAGAAAAAGUAAAGCUAGAGGAGCCCUACGGAGUAAAAGGGAUGGAAACCCAAGUUCAAAGACAGAAGGGGGAAAAGGAAAAGCAAGAAAGAGAACGAAGGAGACGAAUACUAAGGCAUUCAAAGACACCAAAGUGAGUUUUGUUAAAUUUGCAUUACUUAUGGUUUAGGAAGAAAUCGGCUUUAAGAUUCAGUCCAAAAGUUCCGGAUCCCAGGAAGAUCAUAAAGAACCAGAAGACGAUGACAACUCGGAAGUGAGUCAAAAACUUUAGAAUAAGUUAAGUAUCAGCACGAAUUCGAAGACAUGGAGCCCGAAUUACCUGAAUUGGAAGCUCCUAGAAUGUGGACAGAGAUUUUGGCUCAAGAACCUGGCUCUUCUAAGCAAGAAGACGUCAUGGACGACAGUGGGACUGACGAUGAGUCUGACGAUGACAAAUGGCAUGAUAUAGAAAACACCAAACUACCUGCCCCAACGGUUGAAGUGAAGUUGAAGAAAGAGGAUUUGGAGAGAAAGGAGGAUAGGAUAAUUAGAGCUGAGAUUGAGAAGAUUCUUCGGGAAAGAACUGAGGACAUUUCUAAGGUCGGUUUUACAGCUGUUUUUAUUGGUUAUUAUGGAUUUAGGUGGUAUUUGUCUCAAUGAUUGGACAUGGAAGAUAUCUAAUGAAGGUUAUGCUCUCUGUAUUGGACGAUAAAACAUGGAAUCCUGAAUGGUCAGAAAAGUUGGAAGAUAAAAUAAAAUAUGGAGUUUUGGACGAGGAAAUUUUGGGCGAAUUUAAAGAACAGUUGCAGAACAUCUCGGAAAAUGUAAAGAUCUCAGACCAGGCAGAAAGAUUCAAGGAUUUAUACAGUCAGAGAAGUUAUUACGACCAGCGCGAUCUGGGUACUGUAAGUGUAUGGACUUGCACAAUAUGGUCCUAGGUAUUGGCCUUGUUCUUAAUGAGAUCUGAGGUGGAUAUUAGAAUUGGUAUCGCAUUUGAUGUUCCGGUGAUUCCUCCAUUGAAAAAUGCGAAGAAAAAAGAGAAUUUGUCUUAUAAAGGACCAUAUUAUUUUAUUGAAUAUUGGUGCGAAACCGGAAAAAAACACAUUUGUAAGUUAUUUUAAGGUUACAAGCACUGCCUAAAUUUUAUUCAUGCCUUUUCUUAGACUCAGGGGUUCCUGCACAAGACCGGUACACGAAAAAAGAAAUUGCUUCAGAUGAUCUGAAAUCUUCCCAUUAAUUGUUUUUGAAACCUUGCAGUACCUCUUGCGUAGUAUUAUGCUCUAACAUGACCCUAACUUUUAAAUCUCGGAGGCCUGACUGCAUAGAGCCGUUCGGUCUUUACCAUUGCAUCUCACAUAGUCAAUACGGCAAUGUUUACUCUUCAGCGGAACCAUUAGAAAAAUUGAAGUACAGGGUGGUUCAGCUAAGUUCGCGGAUGUAAAAUGCUUAUAACUUUUUAUAGGAUUGUUCAAUUUUUAUGACCAAUACCUCAUUUUAUUCCUUAGUAGUUACCAUUUUGUUUAAAAAAAAUAUCAUUAAAAAUAAUCAGUCCUACGUCGAGUUAUGAUCCUUCAAAGUCAAACAUGCUUUUUCACGUAAAUUUUUAAGAAAUUUAUGGAUUUUUUCGGAUUUUCAGAUUUUUUUGAUUCCAUCGUAUUCUACGCAAAAUUCUAUGACUUCUGAAGCCCACUUACAAUUUACAAUUAUCGACCGGUCGAAAGUUAUAAGCGAUUUUCGAGAUUUUUCGGAAAUUUUCAGAUUGAAGCGUGAAAAGGCAAGUUUGACUUUGAAGGGUCAUAACUCGACGUAGGAUUGAUCAUUUUUAAUCAUCUUUUUUUUAUACAAAAUGGUAACUACUAAGGAAUAAAAUGAGCUAUUGCUCAUAAAAAUUGAGCCAUCCUAUAAAAAGUUAUAAGCAUUUUACAUCCGCGAACUUACGAGGGAAUGGUCUGAACUUCCCCCAACGUUUAGGAAAAUGACUAGUACAGGUGGAUAAAGCAGGUCAACUUUGGUGAAAAGAGCCAUUUUCCAGCUGCGAAAUAAGCCUAGCCGACGAGAAAAAUCGACCGAAAGUUGCUCAAAAAUUUGCUCUUUCUCUUCCCUCGGAAAAGAAGAGCGGUGUCCAGUGGUUCGGUUAGCCGAGUGGAUAGAGCAUCCGCUCGAUAUUCUUUUGGGGGUUGGUUCGAUUCCGGGGUCUCGCGAAGGACGGUGAUAAGGCUUUGAUGAGCAAGAUCAAACUCUAACAACCCAAAAAAAUAUUUUGCCAUUUUUAUACGUUUUAUAGAGGCAUUAUAACAAAACAAUAGUCGUCAACAAAUGAAUUUUUGGGUGCUUCCGGACCUUCAAAGCAAUGGAACGUCGAAUUUAUACUCGUUUGGUGAUAGACUUGACUUUGAAAAAGACAAAAUAUUUUUUUUUGGGUUGUUAGAGUUUGAUCUUGCUCAUCAAAGCCUUAUCACCGCACGUCAAACUGAGAUAAGCUAAAACAGUCCGGUGAAUGGAUUGGCAAUUUGCGAAAAAAAGACUCGAAAAAACGUUUUGUCGAGGAAGAAAUGGGGAAUUUUUGGGGCGAGAGAGUACGCUUUUGCGUGUCUUUUUUCUCUCUUUCUCUGCGAAAUCAAGACGAAGUGUAAAAAACCAAUAGCGAAAGGUCUAUUCCGGUCACCGGACUCCUCAGUUUGACGUGCACCGUCCUUCGCGAGACCCCGGAAUCGAACCAACCCCCAAAAGAAUAUCGAGCGGAUGCUCUAUCCACUCGGCUAACCGAACCACUGGACACCGCUCUUCUUUUCCGAGGGAAGAGAAAGAGCAAAUUUUUGAGCAACUUUCGGUCGAUUUUUCUCGUCGGCUAGGCUUAUUUCGCAGCUGGAAAAUGGCUCUUUUUACCAAAGUUGACCUGCUCUAUCCACCUGUACUAGUCAUUUCUCUAAACGUUGGGGGAAGUUCAGACCAUUCCCUCGUUAGCUGAACCACCCUGUAUUGUUGCGCAAUUACAGUAAUAAAAAAUGACCAAGUUGAUGCGGUUUUUAUUACAGAUUCUAGGUCUAGAGGUUUUUUUGUUGGAUUUUCGAGAUAUUUCAAUUGGGGCAUUGUGUUCGCGAACCUCGCACAUUAAAUACGUUUUUGACUAUGUUCACGAAUGCAAUCGUAAACAUAUGGCUCUGCGCCAUCAGGUUUCCGAGGUAUAAAAACUUGUGUUUAAUUUCAGGCCAUUUGAAGCAAUUCUGCGUGUGUGUUUUCAUUUUCCGUGUAGUUAGGGCUCUCUAGUCUAAUUGUAAGAAACAACGUGGUUUAAUUGUUUUAGGCAUUAAUUUGGAAACAAUGAAGAUGGGAGACGCAGAAGGGCUUGAGAAGUCAUGGAAACGAGAGUGCCACUAUGUUUUCACCUUCGAUAAAGAUAAGGAUAAAUUUACGGAAUCUAAACUCGUGUUUUAGAUAUGAAAGUUAAGGAUCUAAGUGGAAUUUAUUGUCAAGAUUAUCUAAAGUUGGCGUUCAGAAAAGGUCGGCACACUCAAGGUUUUCUUCAGGAAGUUUUGUCAUCUUCCGUGAGUUGAAUUAGGAUCUAAUUUUACAUAAACAGCUCCUUAAACCGGAUUCCCAGAUAGAUUUGGAGGAAGAUGAACAAAUAAAGAAGCACUUGCUCUCCCAGCCGAUGCCAAAGUCCUUAAAUGAAUUUAAAAAUCAUCCAUUGCAAGUUUAUUUGGAUUGGCAAGGUAUAAUACUAUUAUAGAUAUGUCCUCGAAAAAGAUCUUUUGAAGUUCGAGGCUAUAUAUCCCAAGGAUAUUAAGUCGUUUGGCGAAGUCAGAGGUCAUAAAAUUUACCCCCGAGAAGCGGUUCAUGUCCUCCAAGGGGAACUUAACUGGAUUCGAAUGGCCAGAUCUGUAAAAGUAAGUGAAUAUUACAGUUAUUUAUGUCGAAAUUACAAUCAGGAAGGCGAGGAACCUUUCAAAGUCGUCAAAGCAAGACCGAAGCUGAGUAUUCCAGUGGAAGAGAGAGUCCCUUUGUUUUUGAAUACCUUCGGAUAUUGGCAGACUGAACCUUAUGUACCACAAAAAGUUGUAAAUGUAAGUGGUGAAAUGAUGUGUAAAAUAUUUUGAUUUAGGGAAAAAUACCAAGGAAUGAAUACGGUAAUGUGUAUAUGUAUCAGCCAGACAUGGUGCCCGAGGGAUGUGUUCAUCUGAAGCUGAAUGGAAUUCAGAACAUCAGCCGCCAAUUGGGAGUGGAUGCGGUCCCUGCUGUAGUCGGAUGGGAGUUUAGUGGAGGAAGGAAUCAUCCUUUGUAAGUUCGGGAAUAUUGAUCAUUUAUUUUAAGAUUGGAGGGUUGUGUGGUUUUAAAAGAACAUGAACAAGCAUUAAGAGAUGCCUGGAGUGAAUGGAACGAGAUAAGAGAACAGAAAAAAAUACAGAAAACUGAAGACAGGAUGGUCACCUUGUGGAAGCGGUUUGUAAGAGGAAAAAUCCUGCUCGAGAAGAUGAAGAAAAAGUAUAAAAUCUAA